AUGCAGUUGGUCAAGACAUCGCAUAACAUACCCACAAAAAUACACGAAUGUAAUCGAUUUCCACCAUGUGUACCCAUCCCGGGGUUGGGCUUCCGAAGAGGCUCUUACCGAUGCGUUUGCCGACGCGGCUUCUACUUUCCCAACACGACCGCUGAGAACAGAUUCUACAAUGGCAGCGAUAUCGAAGAAGAAUACGAAAGACAUUUAUCUAAUCAACAUAACCUAUACUCCAAAGUAGCAGAGUUUGAAUGCCUGCCGUGUGCUGAGGGAUGUGAAGCGUGUGUCGACGGGUCGCCCUGCGUUGCCGCUCUGAACUGGGUCGUUCGCACCACUAUCUUUGCGUUGGCUUGCUUCGUAAUCUCCUGCCUUCCUUUCAUUGUAUACUUUACCAUCAAAUAUGGACAUGUUCGAGUGGUGCGAGCAGCUAGUCCAGCACUACUUAGGGUGAUAGUUCUUGGGGCUCUUCUCAUUUACUCCACCACCCUGGUUAUGUAUGGAAGACCAACUGUCUUCACAUGUACAGCCAGGGUCUGGCUGCGGGAAGUGGGUUUUUGUUUGACAUAUGGUGCCUUGAUGCUGAAGACUUGGAGAAUAUCAGUGAUUUUCCAAGUUCGUUCAGCAAAAGCUGUCAAGAUAUCGGAUAUGUACCUAUUGCGGCGUAUCGGCGUAAUUGUGGGGGUGGCUUGUGUCUUGCUCUCAAUUCGGACCCUUGUCGCACCCCCUGCAGUUAUAGUCGGGAGGACGAGAGAAGAUUUAAAGGCAUACCUUUGUAAUACUGACUGGUGGGACCACUCCUUUACUACGUUGGAAGUCAUUUUUCUAAUGUGGGGUAUACGCCUAUGCAUCAUGGUAAGGAAAGCACCAUCCGAGUUCAACGAAAGCAGGUUCAUAUCCAUGGCCAUAUACAACGAGUUCCUUCUCUCCGUAUUUCUUAAUAUUUCUAUGCUAUUCCUCCAGUCACCGGCAAACCCUGAUCUCUUGUACAUAAUAUUCUUCUGUCACACACAACUGACUGUGACGUUAUUGCUUUGUUUCAUAUUCGGUAGUAAGGCAUAUAUGGUGAUUAGGGGUCAGGGGAAAGAUGAUAGGGAAAAAACAGGCAAAUUCAGAUCGAGACCUGCUGAGUCCACGUACACAAUGACUACUAACCGCAGUACCCGCUUCUGUGAUAACAUGACGGAAAGAGAUUUAGAGGAGGAAUUUAAGAAAAUCUGCAAUCAACUAGAAAAACUUCGAGAGCGAUGUGGUUCUGGCGCUCAUCUCUCCAAAAUAAUAUCUGCAAUGCAAGACGCCGCCACAAUACAUGAACGAAAACCUGGUGCUACAGACUCUGCACCACUCAAACUCAAUACAGUAUUUAGUGCAGUGGCCGGAAGACUAAUGUGUACUGUUACACCGGGGGAGGAAUCCAGUAGUAGUGGAAGAGAUCUGCCUUUCGAAGCUCCACCUGCAUACAGACAAAAAAACUUUACACCAACAAAAAGUACUGAAAAUAGUAACGCAGAACAAAGCCAAACCGACAUAACAACAGAUUCACCAAAACGUAGAACAGAUACAACCGAAGAAACCAAAGACGAAAAACAAAAUGGUGUGUUCAAAAUUUCCGGUGAAGCCGGCUGCAGUGAUAUACGGCCACCGGAGAUGACGGGAAAUGGCAUAAAGAAUGAUCGAAGCGAAACUAGAUCUAGUCCAAGCAGUUCAGAAACUAUUAGGGGUGUCAGAUCAGGACACGCCAGGACCCACGCGAUCGUCAUCAACUUAGACGAUAAAAGCCGGUUCACUGAAGAAGUGACCGUU